CGGGGAAGGGUUUGGGAAUCGGGGUCGGGGAUGGUAUUGGCAAACCCGGACCAUACCCGGCCCAUUGCCAUCCCUAUACACUUUCUAAUCCUCCUGCCCUCUCUCUCAGACAUCAAUGGCAAGAUCGCAGCUUAUGGAGAACUUGGGGUUUUACCAGACGGAUUGUGAGUCCCUCUGGUCACAAAUUAAACGCCAAGAGAAGCAGAUACAGCUCAAAAGGAGGUGGUUGUUGGGGCUUCCUACUUCCAAAUCUGAGCAGAAGAAGUUGGAGAGGAGUGAGUUCUUGAACAACAUGUGUUUGCCAGAAUCGUUUCUUAGGGAAGACGAUAUGUUCUAUGAGACUGUAAAAUCUUCUGUUGACACAGCUUUUGGAGCAUGUGAUAUUGAAGGAGGGAAUCGAGUAUUUCAAGAUGAUAUGAACUUGCUUGACGCACCCUAUGUAUCCGGAGCCUUGUCAUCAUGCCUUGAUGAUUUGACUAACAAGGGUCUUUACCUUUUUGCUGUUAUACUAACAGGACGCUCAGUGAAGUUUGAGAAAACUCGUUGGAAGAUGAAAAGGGUUAUCAGAGAAUUUCUUCCAAAAGUUUUUGGAAGACAGGAUAAUCAUGAUGAUAAAAUGGAAAUAUCUAAACAGAUAUCUCAACUUCUCAAUGACCCACAAUAUUUCCAGGAUAAUUUUAUCACAUUUUCGUCCUCCAGAUUACAAUCUCAUCAUGCUGCUGUUAGAAAGGUGCUGGAUGGACUCAGGGACUUGUCUUAUGAGACCCUACUUGCAAUGCACAGAAAGCUUAAAGGAGGGCGACAAAGUCUACCGCAAUUACGGCCUAAGAAAAGUGGCUGGAAUCGAGACAGUCUAAUUAAUCAAGUGAGGAAAACAAUUGAAAAGAUGCUUUCAGAACUUUCAAUAGGUGAUGAACUGCAGGAGCCAUUAACCAAAGCCAUGGCAGUAGUAGGCUUAUCGCUGAAGUUGAUACCAGGUUUUCAUAAUUCCACCAUAACAGAGUUUCACCAAUUCUCACCAGAAAUAAAGAUAUUGCAGGAUGAGAUAUCUAGGGCUAUUUGGUUGGUUAAAACAAAGAUUAGAAUACCAGAGCUGAAGAACUUAAAGACUCUGUUAGACCCAAAUGCUAAAGUAUCAAACAGGAGUUUGCGAACAGCAAUUAGGAAAAUGCUAACUGAAUAUCUUUUCGAUUGUGGUGAUAUGGAUACCAUUCCCAAGGCAUUAUUAGAAACUCUUGUUGUUAUCAACAAGAAUUCACAAAGUAAACCGCAUAGACGCAUCACAAAAGAUGAAAUUGAAGCAGAGGUAGAAUGUAUACUGAAUGUGAGUGCUCAGGUAAAGCAGAUUGUUUGGGAUUUGUCUCCUGACCAUGACUUGGAUUUAGAUUUUGAUGACGCAUAUAUGGAAGAAAUGGAGGAAUGUGAUGAUGAUGAUGAUAAGCCUAAUGGUGAUGAUAAUGGCAAUAAUGGUCGGCUAGAGAAAGAUGGAUUAUGUGGAAGUGAUAGAUCUCAUUCUAAUGAUUUGUUUUAUGAAGCUGAAAGUACCGCGGAGUCAAUGCCAUUUGUUUGCAAGCCACCUACUGCUGAAACUACCAGAAAUGACUGUUAUCCUCUCCUUACACCUAACAAAAGUGUACUUGUCGAGGGGCUGGAACCCAUGUUCUCCACUCAAGGAGAUUCUGUUGACUCCAGUAGUAUCAAAAGAGGGUUAGAUGGUAAUUCUAUUGAAAGACAUGAACCUGAAUGUAAUACUGGAAUGAACACAGAAAACCUGCUGCAUCUCAAGCCAGAAGAUACACAUGAGAAACAAACCACUUGUAAAAACAAAUACCUCGCAGUUCAAGAAGUUUGUGAUGAGACAAGCAUAAUUGCCUAUAAUCUCAUUGGUCGCGUGUUGGAGGAGUUUGCAAAGACAGAAGGUUUGGAUUUAGACUGGGAUGAUACUCUGUAUCUCAGAGGUGAUUGUGCAACUCAAGAAGUGGUAGAAGAAAAGCAGACACUGUCUCACGAAAACGAUGAUGGUUCUAUAAUUGUUCGAGUAGUUGAGGAAAUAGUACCUUCUUUUCCAAAGAGUGCAUUAGAAGCAUUAAGGAGGUUGGUGGGCCUACUAUAGCAUCUUGUGAGGCUUUCGUGGUCAAUUUUCAGAGGACUCCAGAAGAAUAUGCUAAAAUGCUUUCACAUCUAUCCUCAAGCUUGUACUGCAGUUUUUUUUCCUGUCCUUUUCUUUCCAUUCUGGCAGGAUUGAAGUGUGAGCUGAAAGAAGGUGCUUAGCUCUACAACGAGUGGGAAAUUAAUAUGGACUGGCCCUUUCUUCUUCGUCAUUGGUGGCAGAGUAGGUCUUGUGUGGGGAUUCGACUGCUUGUUGAUCACGGAAGAAGGCCAGUCACCAGUCCAGUUGGAAAUUUGAGCUUUAACGAGAUGAUUGGAACUACAUAGGUGCUUGCAUGUGCACAGAUCUGAAAAUUUUGAUGGAAGUUAAUUAAUGUGGAAAUGGAAGAUCGAUGAUGUUAAUGGGUUAUAAUGGCAUCUUUUGUGGCUUUGAUAAUCAAUUUCAGAGUGCCUAGAAAGCUUUCCCUUCUCGUUGAGGCUUUGUAUGACGUUAAGGUGUCGUACAGGGAGGAAAGUCACUGAUCCAAAUCUUGCCAGCCUGAGCUUCCUUCGAAUUUACAUCCACGUGAUUGCAUGUCUGUUAGUGCCUGGCCUUGUAGCUCGGCCAUACCGGCAACCUUCCAUAGGUGGUAAUCUUUUUCUUUUUUCGCGUGUCUUUAUACUGAGAACCUUUCUUAUGUAACUAAUAUUUCUUUAAUUACUGGUGCAAAUAUUCUAUAAUGCGCUGAAAUUAUGUCCAUAAUAA